UACAAGUAGUGUAUUCUGCACAAAGCAAGUUUGCGCACAUUGGUUUAAAACAAAAAGAUGACCUUUCAGUUGAAAGCAACAUUAAAAAGAAUAAAACUAGAUCAUACACAAGCAUUCUGUCUCAAUAAAUCACACUUCUCCGGAAAUAACCUGAUUUUCUGACAUUCCUUGAAAGCAUUGGCUGUUAAGGAUUAUCCACUAUGCAGUUUUAAACAUGGUGAAAAAGAAAGGUUGUGUUUCUGGCUUCAACUAUGGAGAAGAGUUUGCGAUUACGUGACCCCCGAAAAAAAUAGAAGGAUGCAGUUAUGGAAGAUUCGUGCGUGAAUAGACAUUGAUCAACCACAGCGUUCCAACCGUACGUCUCUGUUAUGCUGAGAACCUUUUGAUUCUAGUCAUGGAAGAAACGUCCUUGACCGAAGUCUACCAACUCCCAGAGACAGCGCUCACAGAUAAGGUCACGGUCGUUAAUGGUGGCUCACAUCCGGACAACGCCCACUCUGGCAAGGGUGGUAACUCUGUUCACGGAAACCACGUAAAGGACAACGAUUAUGACGCUGAGAACAAGGGGAACAACUCCACCCUCGCCUUGUCCCAUAGUGUUCACAGCUUGGGCAAAAUACCUGUCCUUGUCGCUCCUCGGAUCAGUUCCCAGCACCCGCAGUCGCUGUUUAUCAAUUUUGACCAGGAUGAGGAGAGGGUGUACAAAGCUUACUUAAGACGACAGAGGCUGGGCGCGCUCCCUGUGCUGGUGGUCAUCUGUCUGGCGCACGCCAUCACCUGUGUGACCCUUGACCUCGCUCCUUACGUCCAGGAAAGCCGGCUGGACAGGAUUGUGACGAUAGCCGCAGCCGCUUUUGUGGUCACCUCCACGUCCCUGCUGGUUCUCUACUCGCCUCUCAAGGCCAGGGUCUCAGAGAGCCUUGCAAUUCUCAUGUGGUUCAUCCUGACAUUCCAAAUUUACUUCGAUGUGGGCACCGCCUACCCGCGCCACACGCCGCCCGAUCGGAUUGGUUGGUUGCUGCUUCUCAUCUACUUCACACAGUGGGCCCUCCCCUUAGGGGCGUGGCUUAGCCUGCCCGUGGGAGUGCUGCUCUGCUUUCUGCACAGCGUUGUAGUGGGCGUGCUCUGGUACAAUGAGGGUCCCGUCACCACUAAGCUGGAGAAUCAGCUUGCCGGGAACGUGAUGUUGUGUCUGGCUGCUACCUCUCUAUCGUUCGCUGUCACUGUCUUCGUGGAACGCCUCAACAGACGCUCGGUGAUGGAGACCAAGUCUGCACUCACAGCCAAAGCCAAAAUUGAACUUGCCUACAAAGACAAGGUGAAUUUAGAAUGUUUUGACUUUCAACUCGGUUGUCCAUCAGAAAAUGUCGACAUGUAA